GGCUACCUGAUAGCAAAUCUUUCCCAAAGAUAGUAUCAAAAUGCUUUCUCUCCUUCUCUCUGCAGAGCUCAACGGAGUCACCAAUCUCCAACCUAAAGAUACAGAGGAAAAUCCAUAUUACUAUACCUUCAAGGUGCAAUGCACGUCUUGUCGCGAGACGCACCCGAACUGGGUCAGCUUUAACCGCUUUGAGCAGCAUGAAGUCCCAGGAAGCCGCGGCGAGGCGAAUUUUGUGUGGAAAUGCAGACUCUGCGGGAGAACGCACUCUGCAUCUAUAGUGGCAGGUCCGAAUUCCUAUGACCCCGAGAAAGACGAUAAGCGGAAAGGGCUGAAGGUGAUUGAUAUUGACUGCCGCGGACUUGAGUUUACGGAGUUUAAACCUGAAGGCGAAUGGGAGGCCAAAGGCGUCGAAUCCUCGACACCAUUUACGAGCAUUGACUUGUCCGAAGGGGAAUGGUAUGAUUAUGACGAGAAGGCUAGUGAGGAGGUCAGCAUCAAUGAGCUUAAGUGGGAAAUAGGGAGGGCCUGAGGCAUUCAUUCGGUUCUUCUGUGCUGUUCUUCUGUACGAAUAGUUCUUGUUUAUGAAGUUUUAUGAGGCGUCUGUAGGAGGUUGGAGCAGCUAGUACCAAAAUUGAUGAAAAAAUAUAUUAUCACGA